AUGAGCGUCGAGGGCGGGCAGACGUGGCGGUCCACGGCGGGUUCUGUGCUCAAGUACAACGUGCGCCUGCUGUUCCUGUGCGGGCUGUGGCCCCUGGCACAGGGCCGGCUCUACGCAGCCUUCACGAUGGGCGUGCUGGUCGCCGCCACGCUCCACGCCGCAGGUGCCUUCGUCGGUCUCUGCUCGGAGCCGGGGGGUCUCCAGGAGGUGACACUGUCGCUCGCCAACCUGUUCGUCGUGUGCUCCGCCAUUGUCAAGUCGUGCUUCUUCUUGGCGGACCGUACCAGAUUCUGUGCGCUGGUCACCACCCUCGAUCGGCUGGUGCUGGAGAGCAGCCAGCGCGGCCCGGUGGACGCCGCCCUGCGUCCGCGGCUGGCGGCGUCGCGGCGGCGCGCCGUGCGCCUGACGCUGGCCUUCCACCUGUACGUGCUGUCCGCGCUGGUGGCCUGGAGCCUGAUGCCCGCGAUCCAUCGCCAGCGCCGACUGCCCUACCAGCAGCUGCGCUGGCUCGACACCUCCUCCGCGGCCGUCUACGGCGCCUCGUACGCGCUCCAGUGCACCGCCACCUUCUUCUGCUCCUUCAUCAACACCCACCUGGACGUCUUCUUCAUGGCCGUCAUGAUCCACGUGGCGGACCAGUUCAGGAUCCUCGCGGCGCGAUUCGCCGACCUGCGGCUCGACGCGGAUUGUAACCCAGAGCGCCGCGUGCUGCAGGACGGGUCGUCGAGGCUGGGCGAAGAACUGUACUGGGAGCUGAGUCUCUGCAUCCAGAACCACCAGGAUCUCGUGAGGCUGGUCCACCUGCUCGACGAUGUGAUGAGCCCCAUAGCUAUGACGCAGUUUGUGGUGGGCGCCGUCAACGCCUGUAUGGUGCUCUUCCCAGCUACAUACAGCACUGACGUGGGAGCCGUCCUCAAGUGCUGGGCUGCCCUGCCUAUGGUGGGCAUCCAGAUCUUCCUGUACUGCUCGGGAGCCCACGACAUCAUGGAGCAGGUCUGA